CUCUGCUCCGCUCAGAUACUUGCCAGGAGUUACUUCCUUCAAGACACACACACACACACACACACACACAUGGAUGCACAUACAAAAGCACACACAAGAAUACACACUUAUACACACAGAAUGGUCUCUUUGGCUCCCCAGGUACUUUGUGGCUUAAACGCUUACAGGCAGAACUGUAGACCCAAUCACACACACACACACACACACACACACACACACACACACACAAAGUGCAUCUUGAAUGCCGAUCAAAAUUUUCUCAUGUUCACUGAAUUCUUUCCACCAUCAGAGUCCAAGUUGCCUUCAUUUUAUUUCCUUCUUUCUUUGCUUCCCCCUUUUUUAAGCAUUUUUUAAGGUCUUUAGUCUUUUUUCUUUGUCUAUUUUUUUAAUGUGUACUUUAUGGCACAAUCAAACAUGUUUCCACCAAAUGUUGUGGGUUCAACCGUUUACCGAGGGCAGAGCUGAGAGAAAGGAGAAGGAAGAAGUGAGUGAGGGAAGGUUAUGCAGGAGGGUUUGGGGUCUGGGAUGUGGGCAGCAUUUGAAGAAGAGGAAUGUAGCAGACGUUACCCAGCAGUGGGUAAACAUAGCUGGUAGCACACACACACACACAUGCAGACACGUUAACACACACACACACACACACACACAGUUCCCGAGAGUUUCAUUGGAAAUUUAAGACAACUCUGUAGCUUCUGACCAAACAGAAUUACAUAUAUGGCUCUCCUGUGCUGUAUCGUGUUGGUGCUGCUCUGCGUUUCUGACUCUGCCUCAACCCCUGUCAUUGACAUUGCCAUGGACUAUGGAGGUGUUCCUCUGUGGAUCGAUCGCCUGCUUGGUGAGCCCAGCGUGCUGAGCCUGCAGGGACGGAUGAACACAGCCUGGUUCCGAGCCAACAAUCCCCAAGACUGCCCUCAAGCGUGUGACUGCCUCAUUCAGUGGCCCACGGCGCUCUACUGUGACCACAGAGGCCUGGCAGACAUCCCUGACAGGCUGCCGGACACGACUCAAUACCUGUUUCUUCAGCGCAACAACAUCUCGUCCCUGUCCUCGUCUUCUCUGGCCAACAUUACUGAUCUACGGUGGCUGAUCCUGGACCACAACCAGCUGCAGAAUGACAAGCUGGACCAGGCCACCCUGCAAAAUCAGACCCAGCUGUGCUACUUUUUUGCCAACAACAACCACUUGAAAUCAGUGCCUAGAGGUCUACCAGCUGGACUCAAGCAGCUACGACUGGCCUACAACCAAAUCAGCAGCAUCAGCCCCGGAGCUUUCCAGCACCUGCACAACCUGACGCUGCUGCUGCUGCAGGGAAACAGGUUGCAAACCAUCACAGAGGGAGACCUCAAAGGUCUUUUUAGUCUGAACCUGCUGGACCUCAGUGGGAAUUGGUUCUCGUCCGUGCCCAAGAAUUUACCCAUAUCUGUCCAGCAGCUCUAUCUGUCCAACAACACUCUCUCUGGGCUGGAUGAGGACAGCUUUGUGGGUUUUCUCAACCUCAAGUACCUCCGUCUAAGUCGCUGUGGUCUGCAGAGCCGCAGCGUCCACCCGCAGGUCUUCAACUUCUCCAGCUUGGUGGAACUGGACCUUUCUUAUAACAAACUUAUUACCAUUCCCACAGUCUCCACCACCCUGCAGUAUCUCUACCUGGAGGCCAAUGAAAUACGAGGGAUCAACAUGACUAGUUUCUGCAGAGACGUGGGCCCUCUGUCCUACUCCAGGAUGAAGGUAUUACGACUGGACGGAAACAAGAUGUCCUACCAACAUCUGCCCCUUGAUUGGGUUUACUGUCUGCGAGUGAUUGAAAGUAUUUAUGUUUAACUUUCUGAGCAUAUGCCACAAUUAGGAUGACUGUAUGUGGCGGGCCGACCUCGUCUCGUGAUUCAAAGAGAAAAAAAUGUGACUCAACUUAAGAUCUUUGUUUUGUUCGUCAAAGAUCUCAGCCUUUAUGCUAGAAACCAGAGAAGAAGUCUAUACGUAGAUUCGCUGCCAGGCACUAAAAGGAAAACUGACCUUCAAAAGAUGCCAGAACUUGAACUUGUACACUAAACCAGUGUCAUUUUAUCAUAACGCCAGAAGUUCUGAUCAAAACAUUUCUCAUACCACCAGUGCAUUCCCCUGGAUUUCUCUCUCUCAAGCCAUCCUUCCUAAAUUCUGCCUCAGCAGGGUUGUACAUCUGUGUGUUAUUACCGAAUAGGAACUGUGACAAACCCUCUCAUUUCUGACUCUACAGGAUAAUGUGCUCUGGUUAAACUGAGCUGUCUUAGGUGGGGGAAAGGGAAACAUGUAUGAAUGGCAAAAUCCAGUAGCUUUCCCAUGAGAGAAUCUGACUCAGUUAGCUGGACAGUGUUAAACAGCCACACCAGUCCACACAUGGAGCCUGAAGGACUACGAACAUGUUUUGACGCAGCUACUGAAAGUCUUUUUUGCAAAUUAUUGUUACAUUAAACCUUAAUUUGAAAGCUGAGGUCGCCCGGUAGAGUGCACACCACAUGUUAGGGUAUGGCCUGCUCCCUUUGCUCCAUGUCAACCCCUCCACCCUCCUGUCUGUGUCAAGCUAUCCAAUAACACAAUGAAUAAAAAACAAAAUUUAA